GAUGGUAGCCUUGCAGAUUCUCGAGGAAGUGGAUCAUCAAUCGUCUUCACCGGGAUAACCUUAACGCCGCUCGGUUCCGGACUCUACGAAGUUUGGAAAAUAGUCCAGAAGCUUCGUCCAGAGACGACGACGAUGACUUCUUCGUAG